CCCUUAAAAAACAAAAACACCCAACAGUUGAGAUUCUUAGAAUCUUGACAGCAUUGAAACUUUCAUUAUACAAAUACAUUAGAUUGUUAUUGUAUUUACAUUUCAUGAGAUACCAAUUCCAAAAGAGAAAAUAGUGAAGUGUUUGUUGGGUUAACCAGGAAUAUCACCAGAUUUUGUCCCUUCUUUAACAGUCAACCCUGCCACAUGAUUGCAAAUAGAGACCCCAUUACAUUUCUCAUUCAAUCAAAUAAAUCAUGACCAUAAAAGUAUAAAACCUUGCAAAGAAAUUCAAAGGCCACCACUACUCAUUAGCCGUAUAGCUCUAUUAUUGUCUUUUACAACAAAGGAAACAACAGCUUUUAAGCUUUACAAAAGGAGAACAACCCGUUAAAUGAACAGAGAAGAAGAGUGAAAACUGAGGAAGAAGGAGGAGAAACUAUGAUAGAGUCAAAGCCUUUACGUUUCCUUACUCAGCAAUCUUUUUUUGCAGCUGUCCGAUCUGGGGAGCUUGAGUCUGUCAAGCAGUUGUUGGAUAAGUUGACAAAAGAUGAACCGGCUGAUGGAUCAUCAGCGGUGUCCGAUUUGAUGGCAGCACAAAGUGAGUUAGGAAGGACUGGUUUAUAUAUUGCUGCAGAGAACAAUUACCAAGAGAUUUUCAGUUACUUGCUCAAGUUCUGUGAUGUUGAGGUUGUUAAGAUCAGGUCCAAGUCUGAUAUGAAUACUUUUCAUGUUGCUGCUAAGUUAGGACAUUUGGGCAUUGUGAAGGAACUUUUGGGCAUUUGGCCGGAGCUUUGCAAGUUAUGCGACUCUUCAAAUACCAGCCCCCUUUAUUCUGCAGCUGUUAAAGAUCAUUUGGAUGUGGUAAAUGCAAUAUUGAGUGCUGAUGCGAGCUGCAUAAGGAUAGUGCGCAAAAAUGGAAAGACGGCAUUGCAUACAGCUGCAAGAUAUGGCCUUAUCAGUAUAGUAAAAGCCCUUAUAGAUUGUGAUCGAGGAAUUGUGAGCAUUAAGGAUAAGAAAGGCCAAACUGCACUCCAUAUGGCUGUGAAGGGUCAGAGUCCUGCUGUAGUAGAUGAAAUUUUGCUCGCAGAUCACUCCAUACUGAAUGAACGUGACAAAAAGGAGAAUACAGCAUUGCACAUAACUACGCGGAAAUCUCGUCCACAGAAUGUGAGCUUGUUGUUAACUUAUAGAUCUAUCGAUGUCAAUGCCAUUAAUAAUCAGCAUGAAACCGCAAUGGAUUUGGCUGACAAACUCCAGUAUGGAGAAGCUUCACUUGAAAUUCAAGAAGCUCUGACAGAGGCUGGUGCUAAGCAUGCUAGGUAUGUUGGCCAAGUAGAUGAGAACAUGGAACUUAAGAGGACUGUGAGUGAUAUUAAGCAUGAGGUGCACUCACAAUUUAUACAAAACGAAAAAACCAACCGAAGAGUUUCAGGAAUUGCCAAGGAACUUAGGAAACUUCACAGAGAAGCUGUCCAGAACACCACCAAUUCUGUUACUAUUGUUGCUGUUCUCUUUGCAUCAAAUGCCUUCCUGGCAAUCUUCAACUUGCCUGGUCAAUAUGUAAAAGAUGAACCUGAUAGCGGGAAGGCUAACAUAGCUGAUCAGGUAGGUUUCCGAGUGUUCUGCCUCCUGAAUGCUACAUCCCUCUUCAUAUCUCUGGCUGUUGUCGUUGUUCAGAUCACAUUGGUUGCAUGGGACACAACUGCUCAGAAGCAAGUUGUAUCAGUAGUUAACAAGCUGAUGUGGGCAGCCUGUGCUUGCACUUGCGCAGCAUAUUUAUCCAUAGCUUUUGUAGUUGUGGGAAAAGGGUAUUCAUGGAUGGCUGUUGCUAUAACCCUAUUGGGAGCACCAAUUCUUGUUGUCACACUUGCGAGCAUGUGCUAUUUUGUUUUUCGACAACAUUUUGGGAUUUUUCGCAGUGACUCUCAAAGACGAAUAAAAAGGGCAAAUGGGAGCAAGUCUUUCUCAUGGUCAUACUCAGCAAAUAUAUCAGAUGUUGAUGACUAUAAUUCUGACCUUGAGAAGAUAUAUGCUUUGUAAACACUGUCAAAAAACAAAACUACUGUACGGUAAAGCUGCAGAAAGUCUUUGUGGUCUUAAAGUAUGGCUCUGUGUAACUAAAUGGCCUAUGGAUUCUAGAAUUCUAAUAUCAAGCAGACAGUUUUGAAUCCGAUUUCUGUAUAAGAAAGCUUUGGUUCAUGCUUCCUACUUGACAACCACAAGGCUGAUCAUAGAUUUGUGUACAAUCAUGUACAUGAAGGAAUAGCCUAUCUUAUUCAUGAUUACAUGGUUUAAUUGUAUUUUCUACUGGUGCUAGAUUUGGAAGCUUGGCAAAUUGCAAAUACAGAAUGGUAAAAGGAAUGAUUUAAGUAGCUAAUAUGACAAUUCAACUGUAACUAGGUAAUUGUGUGUAGUUGAAGGUAGUCUUAAUGUCACGGACAAGAUUCGAGCUCCAGAUCUGUGCAGCUCCAGCUUGGUGUCACUCGGGCAAGUGUCCUUGCUGCCCUUGGAUAUAAUCCCUGGCCUAGAUCAGUGCACAGACCGUGACACUACCGUUAGCAUAAUCAGGCUGAGCAACUGCUGGAGUCUAGACUCAGUCUUAUGGUGGACUUUAGAAAAAAAUAAUGGUAACAUAUAAGGACUGCUUCAUGUAGAAGAAUUGGCAGUUUAAUACGAACAGGAAAAAUAGAAGUUGGAGCCACCGAAAUUCACAGGUUUAGUCAACAGCCACCAAUCAACGUGCCUUGUCCUGGCGCAUUUAUUUAUUUUUUUAAAGAGAAAUAAUGUCUACUUGGAGGAAGGGACUUUUAUGCUUUGUUUGACUCAGAAGUGAGAGAAAUGGAAAUAAAAAGACAGGACUUGAAAAGCAGUCCUUUCUUCGUCAUAUAGACCAUAUCUUCUUUUCUAAUAAUAAUAAUACCUUUGGAAACGAGAGGUUCCAAAAUGUAUAAGAAAACAGAAAAGAUAGUAGAAGUUGUCAUGCCUCUUACCUCAACAAAUAUUUGAUUAAUGCUUCAUUUGAAUGACAAAAAAAGAGAUUUUAAUGAAAUUCAAAAAAAUCUCUUCCUGGAAACCGUUCUAACGAAGCCUAAAUUGUUAGAUAAUAAGUCAGUCUGCCCGCAGAUUCAAUUUCCUUGCACAACUUUCAAUAAAAGGACAACUCGAGUGAAUUUCAGAAAAGUAACUUGAAACCAUAUCACAAAAGGUUAAACCCGUUGGCAUCCAUUUUUUAUGUUGGAUAGGGUCCAAUAUAAUUUCCUUUUAGGCCAGCAAAAGGUAGCGAUUGGAGAGAGUACAACAACCCAAUAA